AAAAUUGAGUUCCUCUGUUACUAUGGCCAAAUUAUUGCAAGUUUUAUUGUUUGUGUGUGUUUGUUGGCAGCAUUUAUGGUUUAUUAACGGUGCUACAGUGAUGCCUUUGCGUAUCAAUCAUCCUGUGAAAACUCAGCAAAGAAACAAUGAAUAUCUACCACCGUAUACCACUGAGAGUAAUGCUGAUAAGGCCAUCAACUACAGUGCCAAUACAAUCCGACCGCCUUCGUACCAAGCCAACAAAAUACAGCAGCAAAUGCCACAGUUUAACAAAAACAAAAUUACCAACACUGAAGAACAGCAGCAGAAGCAACAACAACAACAGGAGCAACAACAACAUCAACAAAGUAAUAAAAAUCUCUACACUUCAUACGCCGCACCAGCUUCAGGCUCAGCGCCAUUUUUAUACUCGCAACCACAAGCGGCCAACCGCGUGCCAUUGCCAACGCUCUUUCCAAAGUCUUUGGUAGAUCAGCUGUCACCAACCGCACAACAGCAGCAAAUGCAAAUGCAAAUGCUAUAUCAUCAUCAACAACAACAACAGCAACAACAACAACAUCAACCGCAAUCACAAUAUUUCGAUCAAACGCAACAAAUUACCGCUGAUCUGCCACUAACCAACGCGCCAUUGCUAAUGGUCGAAGAGCCCACUUCGUCGCUACUGACGCCGAGUCAAAAUCUUACGCUUGAGGCAGCGCGCAUUUUAGCCUCUACACUGCUGGAGGCCAAUGGUGAAGCGCCACUGGAAACACCUGGUCUGGCGCCGCUGUCAAACCCAAACGGCUUGGCGCUACCCAAUCAGUUGAAUAGCACCGAUGUUUUGAUUUUGAAAUCACAGAAGAACGCUUACAUAAUACCCGCGCAGUUGGCCAAAGAUGCACGAAAUCCAUCCGCAACACGCGCGCUCUACCAGAUGCGCGAUCAGUUGGACAAGGCUUAUACCAUAAAUCAAUUUGUUUUCAUUAUCAAACCGGAGCGUAUCAAUUUCUUGAAUAAAUUGGUCUAAUGCGUUGGGUAUUUGAUUAAUUGUUAUUGUUGCUGUUGUUGUUCUUAUACAGCACUCGUGCUUUUUAAGGUGUCAUAUACUCAUACACUGUUAUUUAGUAUUACUGUCAUUUUCGCUUGUAGAACUUUUACUGCUGUUGUUUCUUUUUUUAACUAGACUUAGCGUAAUUAAGUAUUAAAA